UGUUUAAAGAAGAAAUAUGUUCUUAGGGUCAGAAAGUUCAGACCGACGUAUUGAUCGAGUAAAAAGUGAACGCUCCCCCUUGCUUUCAAUCCUUUCACCAACCCCGAAAAGAUUAACAAAGUAUAUUGUGUUGCUAUGUUUCACCAAAUGUUUUAAGGCUGUGGGACUUUUUGAAUCAUAUGAUCUCCUAAAAGCAGUUCACAUUGUUCAAUUCAUUUUUAUAUUAAAACUUGGGGCUGCAUUUUUUAUGGUUUUGUUUCAAAAGCCAUUUUCUUCUGGAAAACCUAUUACCAAACACCAGUGGAUCAAAAUAUUUAAACAUGCCAUUGCUGGAUGUAUUAUUUCACUUCUGUGGUUUUUUGGCCUUACCCUUUGUGGACCACUAAGGACUCUGCUGCUAUUUGAACACAGUGAUAUUGUUGUAAUUUCCCUGCUCAGUGUUCUGUUCACUAGUUCUGGAGGAGGACCAGCAAAGACAAGAGGGGCUGCUUUCUUCAUUAUUGCUGUGAUCUGCUUACUGCUUUUCGACAAUGACGACCUCAUGGCUAAAAUGGCUGAACACCCUGAAGGGCAUCAUGACAGUGCUCUCACUCACAUGCUCUACACAGCCAUUGCUUUCUUAGGUGUGGCAGAUCACAAGGGUGGAGUUUUGUUGUUAGUACUGGCUUUGUGCUGUAAAGUUGGUUUUCACACAGCUUCCAGAAAGCUCUCUCUAGAUGUUGGUGGACCCAAGCGUCUUCAGGCUUUAUCCCAUCUUGUUUCUGUGCUUCUCCUGUGCCCAUGGGUUAUCGUUCUUUCUGUGACAACUGAGAGUAAAGUUGAAUCUUGGUUUUCUCUCAUAAUGCCUUUUACCACGGUGAUCUUUUUUGUUAUGAUCCUGGACUUCUAUGUGGAUUCCGUUUGUUCCACCAAAAUGGACGUUUCCAAAUGUGCCCGCUAUGGAUCCUUCCCCGUUUUCAUUAGUGCUCUCCUUUUUGGGAAUUUUUGGACACACCCCCUCACAGACCAGCUUCGAUCUAUGAACAGGCCAGCACACCAGGAGACCACCGAGCAUGUCCUGUCUGGAGGAGUGGUAGUGAGUGCUAUAUUCUUCAUUUUGUCUGCCAAUAUCCUAUCAUCUCCCUCUAAGAGAGGACAGAAAGGUACCCUUAUUGGAUAUUCCCCUGAAGGAACACCUCUUUAUAACUCCAUGGGCGAUGCUCUCCAGCAUAGCUCUCAAUCCAUCCCUAGGUUUAUUAAAGAAUCACUGAAACAAAUUCUUGAGGAGAGUGAUUCUAGGCAGAUCUUUUACUUCUUGUGCUUGAAUAUGCUUUUUACCUUUGUGGAAUUGUUCUAUGGCAUGCUGACCAAUAGUCUGGGUCUGAUCUCCGAUGGGUUUCACAUGCUCUUUGACUGCUCUGCUUUGGUCAUGGGACUUUUUGCUGCCCUGAUGAGUCGAUGGAAAGCAACUCGGAUUUUCUCCUUUGGGUAUGGCCGAAUAGAAAUUCUCUCUGGAUUCAUUAAUGGACUUUUUCUAAUGGUAAUAGCUCUUUUUGUCUUCAUGGAAUCUGUGGCUAGAUUGAUUGAUCCUCCAGAAUUAGACACACACAUGUUAACACCCGUUUCCAUUGGAGGGCUGCUCGUAAACCUCAUUGGUAUCUGUGCCUUCAGCCAUGCCCACAGUCACAGCCACGGAGCUUCUCAAGGAAGCUGUCACUUGUCCGAUCACAGCCAUUCCCACCACGCGCACGCGCACGGACACACUGACCAUGGGCACGGGCACAGUCAUGGAUCUGCACGUGGAGGCAUGAAUGCAAACAUGAGGGGUGUGUUUCUACAUGUUUUGGCAGACACACUUGGCAGUAUUGGUGUGAUCGUAUCCACGAUUCUGAUAGAGCAGUUUGGAUGGUUCAUUGCUGAUCCCCUCUGUUCUCUCUUUAUUGCUAUAUUAAUAUUUCUUAGUGUUAUCCCACUGAUUAAAGAUGCCUGUCAGGUCCUACUUCUGAGACUGCCACCUGAAUAUGAAAAAGAGAUACAUAUUGCUUUAGAAAAGAUACAGAAAAUUGAAGGCUUAAUAUCAUACCGAGACCCUCACUUUUGGCGUCAUUCUGCCAAUGUUGUGGCAGGAACAGUUCAUAUACAGGUGACGUCCGAUGUGCUGGAACAAAGAAUAGUACAGCAGGUUACAGGAAUACUUAAAGAUGCUGGAGUAAAUAAUUUAACGGUGCAGGUGGAAAAAGAGGCAUACUUUCAGCAUAUGUCUGGCCUGAGUACUGGGUUUCAUGAUGUUCUGGCUAUGACAAAACAAAUGGAGUCCAUGAACUGCUACAAAGAUGGUACUUACAUCAUGUGAGAACUCAAUAAAUACCUCUGGGGAAUGAACAGUGGAGAUUAAAUGAUCACAGUAUUUAUGGUAUUGCCAGCAGGAAGAAAAUUGCACAUAAUUGUACAGAAGCAUUUUACCGUAUUUGAAUUUUUUUUAACUCCUUUUUGGAUCAAAGACUCUCCUAAAGGUGUUUACAUGCAGAAUGAAGCAAUGAUUGUACAAAUAACAUAAUUAUUAUUUGAAUUAUGUGUAUAAAUGGAAUCUUAAAAUUUGAACAAGCAUAAUGUAUCACAUCAUCUUAGAAAAUGAACAACUAAUGAUGGAUCUAGUGAAGACUUUGUGUAUUGACUUUAUGUUCAGAAAGCAUUUCCAGUGUAAAUAUGUAUGUACAUGUUUAUUACAGAGACCCAAUGAAAAAGUGAUUUUUUAAGUCCAUUUUUGCAUAGCCUAUGGAUAAGAUAGAAAUAAACAUUCUAUAUUUAUGAAUUUUCUGUACAUAAAACUGGUUUCUAAUUCCAACUUUUAAGUCUAUAAGUGCAAUCUGUGUUGCCAUUUUAAAUGUAUACUAAAUUAUUUGGGAGAAGCUUCCCCACUGGUAUAAAUCAAGCAGUGAGAAUAGGGAAGUGUAACAUUAAAUUUUUGAUGUUUACAAAACCACUCUGCAAAAUAAAUUUUUUACUUUUGGUAAUAAUUUUCAAACGAGUGAUUUAUUAGGGCACAGAAUUUUUACUGAGGUUGUCCACGUUACCCCUUCACUGUCUCCCUUCAGAGAAAGAGGACUUCCUUUCUCAGAUCUCGUGCCCCAAGCUGCUGAUCAGGUUGAUGACCAAACAAUGCUAGGCUUUUCGCUUCUCCAGUUAGCUCCACAUACUGUAGAGCAGCUAGUUGAGAAAAUUCAAAAUAAUUGUGAACUCAGAGGAGAAUUCGCUACCUUUGGAUAUGCUUUUUAUUCCCUUCUGUUUCUGGAACAUGUGAAUGCAUAAGUAAAGAAUAGGUGGUGGUUUUAAGGUCUAAAAAGUAAAAUCUGCCCAUAAACACUUGGAACACCAUGAAAUCAAAAUAUCCUAUUACUACUUUGUAUAUGAAUAUCUAGUUUGUAUUUUUUAUUUCCACUGUAAAUCAUGUACAGUCUAAAAAGGCUUUACAGUAAAUAGCUUUUAUGAACACCAAAGAAUAUCCAAAAAUCUUUUGAAUAGCUAUCUUUCUAUUUAUAAGCAUAUGAAUACUACCAUUCUUAUACUAGAAAUUUUGAUAGGAUGAAUUAAUAUUGUGGGGACUAUUUUCUUACCUAUAUCAUAAUGGCAAGUAUAUUGUAAAUCAUAUUUUUGUCUUUGCAGUUUUAAUAAUGUGAAGGGUUUUAGAAAUUUGUAAAAGGUUAUUUUGAGAUUCCUUCUCUUUGCCCAUUUUUCGGUCCAGAAUCUUCGAUACAUACUAAAACUUUUGAGUGGUGAAAAAAUAAUCACAUAUUGAUAUAUUUUAAGUUGACAGAUACAAGGAAUACAGCACCAUAGUAAAGUUGUUAUAUAAACAUCAGGAAGCUAAAUUGUGAUUUCAGAGGUGUAGGUAUCAGGGUGAGUGAUGAGUUGGAGCUUAAAGCAAUGCAAGUGGAAGGCAGGGACAUUUCUGCAAUGAGAGACCCAGGGUACUGGUUCCCGCUCAUACAAAGCAUGUGGCCUUAGGCAAGUCAGCAUCUCUAGUUGGUUGUCUUUUCUUCCCUUCAUAUGUGAAACCAAUAUAAAAUCUGCCCAACUCUGCUUCACAUGAUAUUGAAGAACCAAAGGGAAUUAAUGUAUGUGAAAAUAAAGGGUUAAAUAAAGGUGAGGAAUUAUUGUUUCAAGGCUGA